CACCUCCAAACACCAGACAACCAUGGGCAAAAUCACUCUAGCAUGGCCUACGCGGCUGUUUGUGGCUACAACAAGUCUCGUCAGCCUUCCUGUCACCACAACUUUCGGCCUUUCUACGACGACCAUCCCCUCUUGGAAAGUAGCUUCGACCAAAGAUGUCGGCAUCAAUACCGCAAAACUCUCUGCACCAGGUCUGGAGACAUCAUCAUGGUACACCAUCGGUUCAAGGGGCACUCUCAUGGCCACCUUGAUCGACAACGGCGUUUACAACGAGACCUCGCUCUUCUUCUCAGAUAACCUGCAAGAGGUCGACAUUGCCCGAUUUCGCGUGCCGUGGUUCUACCGCACUGAAUUUGAGUACAAAGAAGAUAACGACACCUUCACUCAGCUGAUCACGAACGGUAUCUCGUCUCGUGCGGACAUGUGGCUCAAUCGGCAGUAUCUUGGAGGAACCAUCGGCGCGUAUGCUGGAUCCGAGCUCGAUAUCACUUCCAAAUUGAGGGCUGGAGCGAAUGUUCUCCUCGUGAAGGUGUACCCUACUGACUACAACCGUGACUUUGCCCUCGGCUUCGUGGACUGGAAUCCUUACCCACCGGAUAAUGGAACAGGCAUUUGGCGCGAUGUCCAGAUUAAGCAGAGCGGGCAGAUCAGUCUUGGAAAGCCGCGUGUGAGGACGACAUUAAACGGCAAUGUGAACUUCUCGGUCAGCGUUCAAAAUCUGGGCGACGGGCGUAUCGAGGGCAGAGUUCAGUGUGCUGUGACAGACCCAGAUGGGAAAGAGCUCGGAAGGUCUUGUGCUCCGUUCGAUGCAGAUGGCGGAAAGCCGGUUUUGGUAGCCUUACACCUGAAAGUCGACAACCCGAAGAUCUGGUAUCCAUCACAGUGGGGUGACCAACCACUAUACAGCGUUCAGUGCACCGCAAGUAACAACAGUAAUACCAGUGUCUCGGCGGUAUACGAUCAGACGUCAAAGACUCAGUUCGGCAUCCGUACAGUAACCUCCCGGCUGGACUCUCAUAAUGAUACCGUCUUCUCAGUCAACGACCAACUUUUUCAGGUCAUUGGUGCAGGUUAUACAUCAGACAUCUUCUUACGCUUUAACGUCGAGAAGCUGCGUACGCAAUUUCAGUACGUCCUGGACAUGGGUUUGAACACCAUCCGUCUUGAAGGCAAGCAAGAGCAUCCCGAACUGUACGACCUCGCAGAUGAGAUGGGCAUCAUGUUGUUGCCAGGCUGGGAGUGCUGUGACAAGUGGGAGGCCUGGACUUACAACGAGGAGAAGAGUGGCGAGGAUUGGGAUGAUGAAGAUUAUGAGACUGCGGCUAAGUCGAUGGCGCACGAAGCAGGCAUGAUGCAGAACCAUCCCAGCGUGAUGGGAUUUUUGGUUGGAAGCGACUUCUGGCCUGACAAUAGGGCGACUGAUCUAUAUGUCAACACACUCAGAAGCUACAACUGGACUACCCCAAUCAUAGCAUCUGCUUCCCAGAAUGGUUUUCCGGCUAGACUUGGGAACGGCGGCAUGAAGAUGACCGGCCCGUACGACUGGGUACCACCAAACUACUGGUACGAUACCGAAAAUGGCAACGAUACCCAUCUAGGCGCAGCAUUUGGCUUUGGGUCCGAGCUCGGUGCUGGAGUCGGCACACCAGAGCGUGGCAGUUUGACCAAGUUCCUCUCCUCGACCGACCUCGAUGACCUCUGGCAGAACCCAGACAAAGGACUCUACCACAUGAGCACAAACGUAUCCUCCUUCUACACGCGCUCCAUCUACAACGAAGCGCUCUCCAAGCGCUAUGGUGGCCCCACAAGUCUCGAUGAUUACCUCCUGAAAGCCCAGAUGGCAGACUACGAAGCCACACGCGCCCAAUUCGAAGCCUACCUCUCACGCUGGAGCGCCGAACGUUCCGCAACAGGCCUGAUCUACUGGAUGCUCAACAACGCCUGGCCAAGCUUACACUGGAACCUCUUCGACUAUUACCUCCAUACCGGUGGAAGCUACUUCGGUACCAAAGCCGCCCUCAGCAACCUUGAAUCCGUCGUUUUCGACUACCACUCUCGCGACGUGUACUAUGUGAACCGCGCGCUAAAAAUCACCACCCACGACGAAGCGCGAAGUCUGGAUAUCGACAUCAUCGACCUUGCUGGCAAAACUGUCUUCCAAGACACAGACGUUCGCCUGGACAACCUCGGCGCAGAGCCGAACUUGAGUAAACGCCUCACCCACAUCGCCGCCCUUGACAAUAUCACCGACGUCGUGCUCCUUCGCCUCAAUCUCAACUCGCCCAACCAUGAAGGCCUGCUGAGUGGAAACGUGUACUGGCUCGCGCCCACCCCAGACGUACUCGACUGGAAUAAUUCGACAUGGUACCAUACACCCGUGACCUCGUUCCUGAACCUCACCGCUCUCUCAACAAUGGAUGAAGCUACUAUUAUUGUGAGGGGAAAUGGAUCGAGUAUCCAUAUCGAGAACACGAGUGAUGUGCCUGCGGUGUUUGUGCGGUUGAACCUUGUAGAUGGGGCCGGGAGGGAUGUUGUGCCGGUGGUUUGGGAGACGAACUGUAUUACGCUUUGGCCGAGGGAGAGUUAUAAUGUCGCUGUGAGUGUGGAUCGCGGGUUGAAGGUUGAUGAUUUGAGGGUGGUAAUCGAUGGGCGGAAUGUGAGGAGGAGGACGGUGAGGUUGAACCAGGGGACGCAGGUGUUGGAAGGGGAUGAGUUUAGAUUUUGAGCAUCCUGAAGGGCUGGAUGCAUAGAAUCACCAUCGACAGCUAUGGUCCAAGUUCUACAGCGC